UUCAUAAGAUUACAGUAAACUAAAUAUAUGACUAGUAAACCUAUUUCUAGUAAGUAAUUUUGGCUGUUUUCAAGCUAUUAUCAGAUCAUUCUUCUAAUUCUAAACAUUUGUUUCUAGAAAGAAGACAGAUCAUCUGCCAAUAGAAUAAGAAAGCUUGAAAUGUGUAAAAGCAUCUACAACAGGUUGAAUAAUAUUAUAUUUGAUUUAUAAUAAGAAAUAUUAGAUAGAUUUGCCAAUAUUUAAGAUCAUUCUUUUGCAGUGUUGAGAGAUGUCAACAUUAUGUCACAACUGUUGAACUCGUAGCUACUAACAAAAGACAAAUUUACAUUUUUUUUGUGAAUUUUCUUUUCUUUUUUUUUUUUUUUUUUUUGAUUGCAAAUACCAGAAAAGUGUCUCCUUUGUAUAAAUAAAUAAAUAUAAUGAAGAUGAACACACCCCAAUCUGAAUGUAGCAGUCUAUGUUCUGAAUCUGUGUUGUGUGGAUUUUUUUUUAUAAUUAAUAGUGAAAUAUUUGUAAUGUAUUUGUUAAAAACCAGCUUUUGUUCAUGUGGAAUUUUCUUAGUGAGUUCAGUUUUGACUACACAGUGCCAACAUUAGUUCACAAGUGUAUAAACUUUUUUCUCUCUCUCUUUGUGUCCUUCUGUUUUGUAACAGAGUUAAUUUUCAUGUUGAAACAUUUAAUUGUUUAUGUCAGUGUUCAGAAUAAAUCAGAACUGUAAUGCUUGAGUGUCCACAGUGUGUGUACGAGUUUAACACCAGUUUUGUUUUUUGUUUUUUUAUAGCUGGUAGUGGGGUAGGGGUUUUUUGUUUGUUUGUUUUUUUGGUCUUUCAUUCAGAUUUACCAGGUCUUUUAGUUUCUUUUUUUGUUGUUGUUGUUGUUGUUGGGUUUUUUUUUGUGAAAAAGUAAAGCUUGAAAUUCCAUCUUAAAUAAUUGCAGUUAGGGUAUUGUGCCUUUAGAGGGCAGUGUAUUUUAAGUACAGUAUGCCUUGAUUUGGCUAAUUACACCACGUAUAAAUGUUUUUUUAGCUGGUUUCUUUUUGUUGUUAGUACAAAUUUGGAGAAAAAAAAAUUGCUUUUUUUAAAAACUAUUUUCACUUCAUCAUAUCUUGUAUAAAACUUUCCUCUAAGACCCCAUGUGAACAAGAGUUAAGACUAAAACUUGGUCCACCAGAAUUUUCUGCAGCAGUAUGUGAAAUGAGUGCAGUUCUCCUCCUAAUCACCAAGUGGUGCUGAUGCUUGGGAACUGGGUUGGAGCUCACCCCGCAUGUCUGAACCGUGUACUGAUUUCCCAGGAUGCACCUUAAUGAAAACACCAAAACACCCAAUAAUUUUACGCAUUUCCUCGCGGUAUGUUGUGUAGUAUAAGAGGUAGGCUUGUUUCGGAUUGGGACAUACGGAUAGGAACUGGACGGGACGCACCCCGUGUGUUUGAACCGCCCUGCUGACUUCCCAGAAUGCACCACUCACGAAUAUAAACUUUAUGCAGGAAUAAAUAAUUGUGGAUUUAGGAUUCAGUACUUUACAUCUGGAAUGGGAUUUAGGUGAGAAGUACAACAUUUUCUUUUUAAUCAUGAAGGAAAGAAGCGAGGAAAAAAGUGAAAGAUUCUCGAAAAAAAAGAAGACAUUUUUGUAUCCUCACCCCAAGUAUUACCAAGUGUACCCCAUGCAUUUCCUAUUGAAUUUCCUAGGAGUGACGCCCACCACAAGGUUCGAUGGGUUCUGAGGACAAGUGAGGUGGUUGCUGGGUGGUUGCUAAGGUAUUUCAGAGACGGAUUGUUGAUCUUGUGCCGAUCCACCUCUUCUCUGUAUGAUGCUUCAUCGCUGUCAGUGAAAGAGGUGUGCUACUGUGGUGUCGUCAGCAAAGGACAUCUCGGACGUAUCCGGAAGUAUCGCGAGAGUUCAGAAGAACACGUGCGACAACAUGGCGGCGUCCUAGAACUCGCGUGCGGUGUUUUAUUUUUACGCUUCGAGAAAUCGCUGUCUGAGUAAGGUUUGGUCCAUAUUUAAGUCAAACCCGGGCUUUGAGGAAUUAAAUAAUAUCUCUCGGUGUCGUCUGGAGUAAACAGAAGGAUCCACAAUGCAACACGACGAUGUAAUAUGGGACCUGAUCGGAAAUAAACUGUUUUGUUCUUAUAAAGUCAAAACAAAAACGAAGAAUUUCUGCCGGAAUGAGUACAACAUCACGGGUCUCUGCACCCGCCAGGGGUGUCCUCUGUCCAACAGUCAGUACGCCACCGUCAGAGAGGAAAAAGGUCGGUGUUUCCUCUACAUGAAGGUGAUCGAGAGAGCGGCUUUUCCAGCACGCAUGUGGGAGAAGGUGAAGCUGAAUCAGAACUACGAGAAGGCCCUGCAGGAGAUCGACGAGAACCUCAUCUACUGGCCGCGCUUCAUCCGGCACAAGUGCAAACAACGGUUCACCAAAAUCACGCAGUACCUCAUCCGCAUCCGCAAGCUCACGUUGAAGAGACAGAGGAAACUUGUUCCACUUAGCAGGAAAGUAGAGAGGAGAGAAAGAAGGAGAGAGGAAAAAGCCCUGGUCGCUGCUCAGGUGGAGAACGCCAUCGAGAAAGAGCUGCUGGAGAGGUUAAAACAGGGCACGUACGGAGACAUCUACAACUUCCCCAUCCACGCCUUCGAUAAAGCUAUAGAGAAACAGGACGCAGAAAGUGAGACGGAAGAGGAGGAGGAGGAGGAGGAAGAGGAAGAGGAGGAAGAGGAGGAGGGCGUAGGGAAGAGAGAAUUUGUCGCAGCAGACGAGUUUGAAGAAAGUGACCUUAGUGAUUUUGAGGAUAUGAACAACUUAAAUGCCAGCGAUGAUGAAGAGGAGGAGGAAGGGGGCUCGAGUGAAGAGGAGGAGGAAUCGGAAGAGGAAAUGGAGGAAGACGUUGAGGAAGAGUCCCGAGUCAGGUCGAAAGGAAAGACUCCGCUCAAAGGACCAGCGAGGAAGAAACGCGCGUACGUGGAGAUCGAAUACGAGCAAGAGACGGAACCGGCAGCCAAGAGCAAGACCUCGUAGAGACUCCACACACACACCCACACUCCCACACCCACACACACACACACACACACACACACAAACUAUGGAUAGUUCAAUCUCUCCACACGAAUAAGCAAAGCAGAGUGACUUUGUGUUUCCGUGUGUGGAGACGAUUUAAAAGUGCAGCUGUUCAAAUCAAAAUCUGCAUUUUGUGUGUGUCGUGUUUGUGUUCCUUCUAUUAAAACUUUUGUGCUUUUAAACAAGUAGUUUUCCAUGACCCUAUAUUGACUAUAUUUAUGUUUUAAAAAAAAAUACCCACACAUUUAGCACACACACACACUUCUAUUGCAUUAAUUAUUACAUUUAUAUCAUAAAAUUAGUUCAAGUAAUAAAAUUAAUUGUUGCUGCAUGGUGGAAAGUAUCAUAUAGUCAAAAAUAACACGAUGUAUGAGAUUAAAAUUCCAAU